AUGUCUGCUUCCAGCGACUGCUGUCCUCCUGGAUCUCACCAAGCACCUAUUUUACAAGGCGAUUCGGAAGCCCAAUCCAAAGGGAGUCUGAUUACCCUUGGUGAAUCCACUCCAUGUUACUAUACUCCGGCUGGUGGUGGUGACAAAGAGUUCGCCUCGUCAAAAGGAAUCAUUGCAUACACGGACGUUUGGGGAUUUCAAUCCAGAAUCCACAGUCUUUGCGAUUAUUUGGCUGUAAAUGGGAAUUUCCACGUGAUAUGCGUCGAUUGCUUUCGAGGAGAAACCAAGGACGAUCAUCCCGACAUGUUGGCCUGGUUUCAAAGUGUUCCGUACGACCCUGUGGUGGCCAAGGACACGGAAGUCUGUCGGGAAUAUUUGAUAAACAAGCUAAAUUGCGAUUCAAUAGGCGCUAUUGGAUUUUGUUGGGGCGCCUGGGCCAUUGGUAAAGUCUUUCAGCAAGACGGAGCCUCCAUUUAUAAUGCAGCGGUGGCAUUUCAUCCAAGCUUCAAGGUGGAACGCCUUGCCUUUGGAGGAGAUGACAUCAAACUGAUGCAAGGAAUUUCAUCUCCACUUUUAUUAAUGCCUGGAAGCAACGAUGCAGAGUAUACAAUGCCAGGAAGUUCUGAAUUUCAGGUACUAUUGAAGAACGGAAGCAAGAGUAUUGAAUUUCCUGAGGUCCUUCACGGAUGGAUGACACGAGGGGACAGGACGGAUACAAAGAUUGACAGAGCUAUCACGGAGGCGCUGCGGCAGGCAUUGGAUUUUCUUACGCAUAAUUUGAAGUAA